AGUAUCAAACAAGCCGCUGUGCAGUGAACGUGUCAGUGAGUUAAAAAAACUUGUGGUUUACGUAGUUUUUAACGAUUUUAAAAUGCAUAUGAAUGAUCCAGCUUUGGCGAGCAUGUUGCCCUUUGACACCAUGGGGCUCUACGAGCAACCAAGGCCCAAAUUUAUUUUUAAAAUGCCGCGUGUUGUGCCCGACCAAAAAGCAAAGUUUGAGAGCGACGAGCUUUUUCGUAGGCUUAGUCGCGAAGGAGAAGUUAGAUUCACAGGAUUCAGAGACAGACCUCAGGACGAGCGCGUCGUGCGUUUCCAAAACAGUUGCAGGGAAGGACACACGGAAAUUGCGUUUGCCGCGACCGGUACCAACUUGCAACUAAUUUUUACGCCCCCCACAACCGCAUACACCCCCGACAAAGAAUGCGACUUCGAUAAAGAACCCGGCAAGGUCCACCUAAAAGCCUCGUUCAUAAUGAACGGCGUGUGCGUGAGAUGGCGCGGCUACAUAGACCUCGAGCGUCUCGACGGCGUCGGCUGCGUCGAAUUCAACGAAGAGAAGGCAGCGCAAGAGGACGCGCUUCUUCGCGAACAAAUCGAGAGAUAUAACCAAAGACUAAGAGAGUUCGAGGACAAGCAGCGAGGGUACCGACAGGAGCGGCCCGAUGAAAUUGAGUUGCGUAUGACCAAUAACAUCCAUGGACAUCACGGCCAUCACGGUGGAGUUACUUCAAGAUGCCAUGGACCGCCAAGGGGAGAAAGACGUCUAACAUAGAAUGUGUCAUCAAAAAUCCGAAUUUACAAAAAAUUUAUGUGAUAUUAAUUUUAUUUUUAAUGUUAAUGUAACUAUUAUUAUGUGUAAGUAGGUAUACGAAUCUAUAUAUAUAUAUAUAUAUAUAUAUAUAUAUAGAUACAUACAAGUAUGUCAAAUUUAUGCAUGCAAGUUUUGUUAGUCUAAAUAAAUGUUGAUUUGUCCAAAAAUGUCCAUUACUUUUAAGAAAACAUGUAUUAACCACGGCGCGCCGUACAAAAUUUUAGUUUUUUUGCCCCACAAAACAUAUCUUAAUGAUAAUCCGUUCCAGGCAAUAAUAAAUUGUAGAAUUAGCUACAGUGUGUAUAGAUAUUAUUGUAACAUUAACCAACCCUUUUUGGAAAUAAAACUAUGUCUCUA